CAUAGAGAAUAUCACUACAGCUCUAAAGGAGGAAGGUCACAUGGGAAAGAGCUCGAUGGCAGUCAGGAACUCUUCUGUGACAGAGUUCAUCCUUGCGGGCUUAACAGACCAGCCAGGACUCCGGAUCCCCCUCUUCUUCCUGUUUCUAGGUUUCUACCUGAUCACAGUGCUUGGGAACCUGAGCUUGAUUAUCCUAAUAGCACUGAACUCUCACCUGCACACCCCCAUGUACGUCUUCCUCUUCAACCUCUCCCUAAUAGAUUUAUCUUACUCCACUACCAUCACCCCCAAAAUGCUGCUGAGUUUUGUCUCCAAGAAGAACAUCAUCUUCUAUGCUGGGUGUAUGACUCAGCUCUUUUUCCUCUGCUUCUUUGGCAUUUCUGAGUCCUGCAUCCUCUCAGCAAUGGCAUAUGAUCGCUAUGUUGCCAUCUGUAACCCACUGGUGUACACAGUCACCAUGUCUCCCCAGGUGUGUUCACUCCUCUUGUUAGGUGUCUAUGGGAUGGGGUCUGCUGGGGCCGCAGCCCACACAGGCAGUAUAAUGAGUCUAACCUUCUGUUCUGACAACCUUAUCAAUCAUUUCAUGUGUGAUAUCUUUCCUAUCCUUGAGCUGUCCUGCAAUGGCACUUAUGCAAAUCAGUUGGUGGUCUUUAUUGUUGUGGCCAUUGUCGUUGGCAUACCGACCAUCACCAUCUUCAUUUCUUAUGCCCUUAUCCUGUCUAGAAUACUUCACAUUCAUUCCACAGAGGGUAGAUCCAAAGCUUUCAGCACCUGUAGCUCCCACAUGAUCGUAGUUUCUCUUUUCUUUGGUUCUGGGGCUUUCAUGUAUCUCAAACCACCAUCUAUUUUGUCCCUUGACCAAGGGAAAGUGUCUUCCCUGUUCUAUAGCAUUGUGGUACCCAUGUUAAAUCCUUUAAUCUACAGCUUGAGGAAUAAGGAUGUCAAAAUUGCCUUGAGGAAAACCUUGAACAGAAAAAUAUUUUCCUAA